AUAUGGUAUAAUAUAAUUUCCCGCCUAUCUCCCCAGAAUCAUUUCCAUUUUUCCCGCUUUCGCCCAAAAAUCUCUGAAACCCUAAAAAUGGGUCAGAAACAGCAACAAUCAAUCGAUUCAACCUCCGACCCCAAGAAGAAACGCCGAGUUGCAAUUUCUCCCAUUGAUGCCGGUGUUGAAGCAAAUGACUGCAUUCAAAUCUUCUUCGUUGCCAGCAAAGACGAGGCAGAAUCAAGGGCUGGAUAUCAGAUUGAUCCUAUUGAUCUGAAUCACUUUUUUGGUGAAGAUGGAAAAAUUUAUGGGUACCAAGGUUUGAAGAUUAUUGUUUGGGUUAGUAGUGUGUCAUUUCAUGCAUAUACAGAUAUCAGUUAUGAGAGCACAUCUGAUAGAGGGAAAGGCGUUACAGACCUCAAGGCUGCUCUUCAGGAUAUGUUUGCUGAAAAUCUUGUUGAGAAGAAGGAUGAGUUCCUUCAAACUUUCUCAACAGAGAAGCAUUACAUUAGAUCAACUAUCUCCAAGGGAGAGGUACUGCUGCAGAAUGCCUCUAAUGGCAAUGGUCAUUCACAUGCUGAUAUUACUGAUGUGCAGGUGAUUCGCUUUGUCAUGGGCGACAUGUCUGCCGGGCUUCUUUACAGCCGAUUAGUGCCUCUUGUUCUUCUUCUAGUUGAUGGUAGCAAUCCUAUUGAUGUGACGGAUUCAAGUUGGGAGAUGUAUGUUCUGGUUCAGAAGAUAGCUGAACCAGAGGGAGACCAUCAAAGUAGAUUGCUUGGUUUUGCAGCUGCUUAUCGUUUUUACCAUUAUCCAGACAGUUUGCGGCUGCGACUUAGCCAGAUACUUGUAUUGCCUCCUUACCAACAGAAAGGUUAUGGACGUCAUCUUCUGGAGCUGCUUAACCAUGUUGCUGUAUCAGAGGGUGCCUAUGACUUGACAGUUGAAGAACCAGUGGAAUCCUUGCAACGUCUUCGAUAUUAUGUUGACGUACCACGCCUGCUUGCUUGCAGCGCUGUGCAGUGUGCAGUUAAUUCAGCGGCAACACAUCUUAAAGAAGCUAAUUUGUCAAAAAGAUCGCAGGCUUGUCAGCUCCUUCCACCAUUGACAGCUGUUGAUGAAGUGAGGAAGAGCUUGAAAAUCAACAAGAAACAAUUUGUUAAAUGCUGGGAAAUUCUUAUUUAUCUUGCUCUUGAUCCUGUUAACAAGAACAUGGAGAACUACAGGAUCUUCAUCACAGAUCAAGUGAAGACUAAUGUCAUUGGGAAAGAUUCAGGGACCAAAGGAAAGCGGGUCAUUGACACCCCUAAUGACUUUGGAGAAGAUGCAUUUGUUAUGUUCAAGUCUCAAGAUUGUGAAGAUGGCCAUGUUGAUGUAGACGAGGAUCAACAGAAAGAGCAAGAACAACAGCUGCUGCAAAUAGUUGAUGAAAGGAUAGCAGAAAUUCAAUUGGUUGCUCAAAAGGUAUCUACUACUCAUGCAUGAAGAUCUUGUACUUCUAGGCAUGGCAUAAAAUCAUGAUAAUCGGGUUCCCCUGAUUUGGUGAACCUGUUUGGGCAUAGGCAUUUCGUUUCCUAUUUAUCAGCUCACCCUUUUUCCUCCUUUUAUUCAGUUGUAUGGUUGUACUUCAUAGAAAUGUUGGGUUAUUUGAGACGACCUAAGUGUUCCAUACUAACAUGAGAGGGGCAUUCUUCUUAGUUCUUCCUGCCGGAUCCAUUUAGCGAAAUUCUGAGUUGUAAACUUGAAAAUUGCUUCUGAAGUUCAGUGUUUUAGAAAAUCAAAGUACAAUUCGCGCUCACGCCUUGUGUUUUUUUUUUCUUUUAGCCCUCAUCUAUUCUGAAAAUCUGCUCUAUCUUGGGAAUGUGCUCUAUCA